UGAGGUGCGGGACCCCCUCGGGACUGCAGCAGGACACAGACCUCUUCCCAGCUGCUGCACGCCUGCUCACUGCCCUUCCCUUCUCGCUUCCCUUGCAGAGCACUACAAACAUCACUGGUUUCCUGAGAAACCGUUCAAAGGCUCUGGGUAUCGCUGCAUCCGGAUCAAUCACAAAAUGGACCCCAUUAUCAGCAAGGCAGCUAGCCAGAUUGGACUGAGCCUACCGCAGCUCUACCAGCUCCUGCCCAGCGAGCUCACGCUCUGGGUGGACCCCUAUGAGGUCUCAUACCGCAUCGGUGAGGACGGCUCCAUCUGUGUCUUAUACGAAGCGACUGCAGCGAAGCCUGUGAGCUCCUACGGGAUGCUUACCUGCAAGAACCAGAUGAUGCUCGGUCGCACCAGCCCUUCCAAAAACUACAUCAUGACUGUCUCCAGCUAA